AUGUGUGGUUGUUGCGCGGAGAAGGGAGUCUGCGAGGAGAGAGAGAGACACAGUAACUAGGCUACACAUCUAACGGGGUAAACCUGGACGAAAGAACAGGAUUUUAUUGCACAUUUUAACGGUAACAAAAUAAAAUUGGAUUGUAAUACGUAAGUCGCUUGAAGAAGGGACAUUUCGGUGGGAGUUUUUCCCCAAAGCAGUGUGCCUUCUCAACCUUCAUACACAGACUUCUUGUAGUUUGGAUAGGCUUGUCCGCCGGGGGAGAGUUUGUUGUGUAGCUCUAGCUGGUUAUUUUGUUGCGCGUUAGGCGCUCCAGUUGUUGUUGAACUAUGGCGCUCAAGGCGAGGGCUUUAUACGACUUCAAUUCCGAAAACCCCGGGGAGAUAUCAGUGAAAGAAAAUGAAAUAGUGACUCUGUACAGCGAACAGGACAUUGAAGGCUGGCUAGAAGGAUCCAACAGCAAAGGCGAGAGAGGUCUCUUCCCCGCGUCCUACGUUGAGAUCCUGAAGAACGACACCGCGUCCACGUUUAACAACAACAGCACAUCUGGAUCCCGAUACGCCAAUAUUCCAACCGGAGGUUUCGGGGAUGCCUCCUCUUAUAACAUCCAGAAUCAUACGGACAACUUGUCCAAAACAUCAGUAACAUCGCCCGGGCUUACAGCGUUGUCACCGCCUGCCCCAGCACAGCAGCAACCCAUUUAUCAAGCCAGCCAGGGCAGCGACGAAGACUGGGAUGAUGACUGGGAUGACAGCUCGACAGUGGCGGAUGAACCCGGGGUUGUUGGGGUUAAUUACCAAAGGGACUUUGAUGGCAAUGGACCGUCUACAUACAGAUUGUCAACAUCAAUGUCUAAAGGUAGCAACGUUCAACAAGCCAAGAGCUCUGCUACGGUCAGUAGAAACCUCAAUAGGUUUUCAACAUUUGUGAAAUCAGGAGGGGAAGCGUUCGUGUUAGGUGAGGCAGCUGGGUUUGUGAAAGAUGGGGAUAAGAUCUGUGUUGUAACGGGACAAUACGGUCCAGAAUGGCAGGAAAACCCAUACCCCUUCGCCUGUACCAUAGACGACCCCACCAAGCAGACCAAGUUCAAAGGGAUGAAGAGUUACAUUGCCUACAAGCUGACGCCCACCCACACACAGACCCAGGUCAACAGGAGAUAUAAACACUUUGACUGGCUCUACGCCAGGCUGGUGGAGAAGUUCCCUGUCAUCUCGGUGCCUCACAUCCCAGAGAAACAGGCCACGGGGCGGUUUGAGGAGGACUUCAUCUCUAAAAGGAGGAAAGGGUUGAUAUGGUGGAUGAGUCACAUGACCAGCCACCCGGUCCUGUCCAAGUGUGAUGUCUUUCAGCACUUCCUCACCUGCAACAGCACAGACGAGAAGUCAUGGAAGCAGGGGAAGAGGAAGGCGGAGAAGGACGAGAUGGUGGGGGCUAACUUCUUCCUCACUAUCUCCACGCCCUCCGGACCCCCCCUGGACCUGGUCGAGGUCGAGUCCAAGAUCGACGGCUUCAAAGCUUUCACCAAGAAAAUGGACGACAGCGUGGUCCAAGUCAACGCCACCACCAACGAGUUUGCCCGGAAACAGAUCACGGGGUUUAAGAAGGAGUACCAGAAAGUGGGCCAGGCGUUUAAAGUCCUGGGACAGGCGUUUGAGCUGGACCAGCAGGCGUAUUCAGUAGGGUUGAACCAGGCCAUAGCGUAUACAGGAGAGGCAUACGAUGCUAUCGGAGACUACUUUGCAGAGCAGCCAAGACAAGAUGUGGAUCCUUUAAUGGAUUUGUUACAGCUGUACCAGGGACAUCUGGCCAACUACCCUGACAUCAUCCACGUACAGAAAGGAGCACUUACCAAGGUGAAGGAGUCCCAGAAGCACGUUGAGGAAGGCAAGAUGGACGCUCCCCAGGCGGACGGCGUCAACGAGCGCUGUAACAUCAUCUCCUUCGCCACGCUGGCAGAGAUCCAGCACUUCCAUCAGGUCCGGGUGAGGGACUUCAAGGCCCAGAUGCAGCAGUAUCUAACCGAGCAGAUUGGCUUCUUCCAGAAGAUCACCGGAAAGCUGGAGGAGGCCCUACAGAAGUAUGACAACGCUUAGAGUAGAGGGGGGAGACUAAGGGACACCCCUGAUUGGUCUAAAUCCUAUUGACCACAUUCUGAUUGGUCGAGAUCUCAUAUCCGACACCCCCCUUCCCCGAUUGGUCCAGAAAUGACCCUUGACCUCCCUCAGUCGGCCAAUCAUUGAAGCCCCAGGUGGACAUUACCUUCAACUGCCAAACAGCAAUACAAUCCACUGUGAGAAGACACAGACAACACUGACCGACCUGGAUAGUCCCCUGAAGGCUGGAUGUUGAUUCCAUGUAUGGUGGCUACUGUUUUGAAGGGGCGUGAGUUGACGUCUGGCUUUGUUUAAAUGGGUUUUAAUGCAGUGUUGUUUUUCCUGGAUCAAAAUGGGGCUUGGGUGGUGGGUGUGGCAGGGACGUGGCCAUGGGCGUGACAAAAUUUUGCCAUGAGAGAACAUUUGCAGUUUUUUAAAGCUUAUAUCCUAUAAUUCUACACAUUUUGCCAUGUGGCUGAGAGAACAUUUGCAAUUUUUUUAAAGCUUCUAUCCUGUAAUUCUACACAUUUUGCCAUGUGGCUGAGAGAACAUUUGCAAUUUUUUUAAAGCUUCUAUCCUGUAAUUCUACACAUGUUGCCAUGUGGUUUAUGCUGUCUGAGUGACUCAAACAUUCUAAUGAAAUUAAUGGGGGCCCCAUGCCAUGACAAAUAUUCCUGAAUGCAUCAUUUUUUUAUUUUAGAUUCUCCCUGACAGUCUGGCUUUUGUUAUGGUGAUUGUUACUUUUUAAAGAGGCUGUUAUUUAAGAAAUAUAUAUA